AUGCUAGAGGAGUAUGAGUCCAGGCGUGGAUACUAUGAGGGUGCAUUCGCUGGUGACGCUAAACACAUACACACUUUGCUAUCAACGUCUUAUCCAAAUGGUCGCCCACAAGAUUACUGGAUGAUGAAUCCAUAUUGCGCUAUGCUUCUGUCUAAUGCUUUAGGUGUAAUAAUUAUCUGUUUAAGUCUAGAGGAGAACAUCACAUGUUUUCCUUUUUGGAAGGAGCCAGGCGAGCUAUACAUAGACGACCCGAUAUGCAUUGCCCUGGUAUCGGGGUCCACACAUUUUGUUACGGUUUUUUUAGACAAGGACUGCCCAAUGCCUUACACCUCAGCUUGGGAACAUGAUAAACCUGCAUCGCAGGCCUGGGUAAGACAUCCGAAGUACAGAGACCGUUUGGCUGAGUACCAUAGACACAUUCAAGCUAAUAAGGCACCUACGGGAUAUGAGAUCCUUGAAUAG